UAUCACUCGGGUACAGUGACGUCAUUAAGACUCAACUUUGUACUUCACUCAGUUAGCAUCAAAGAAGCAGACAUCACAGAACCGUGCGGAGACUACGGAGUAAUGUUCUCGGACUCGUGGAACAAGUGACGUUUUGUGCUAUUCCCAAAUAACGAAAAGAAUGACAUCCCAUAAGCUAACAUUGUCUGAGCCGGUGAUCCGAGACCGGCAGUUCAUCAAACCGCUAAUGUGUGGCCCAGGCCCCUGCGAUGUUUGGCCAUCCGUCGCCGAAGCCCUGACCAGGCCCGUUAUAUCGCCGAUAUGCGAUGAAUACUUCAAUGUGAUGGACGACAUUCGCGCGGGCAUUCAAUAUUUAUUCCAAACACGAAGCCCUCUGGUGCUCGCCAUCAGCGGUUCAGGACACACCGGGAUGGAGACCAUCAUCAGCAACCUCCUCGCCCCUGGCGAGCUGCUGCUUGUACCCAACAGGAGUAUAUGGGACGAACGCGCUACUAAAAUGGCCAGUAGAUAUGGUAUUAAAGUGGAGACAAUUGAAACUUCAGUACCGUUCACAACUUUUUCAUUGGAAGAAAUAGAGUCAGCAUUGAAGAAACAUCGUCCAGCUGGGAUAUUCAUUACACACGGGGACUCUUCAACGGGCACCAUCCAAAGUUUGGAGGGUCUUGGCAAGCUCUGCCAUAAGUAUGGAACUCUGCUGCUAGUCGACACCGUGGUGUCUCUUGGUGCAGUGCCGUUCUUCAUGGACGAAUGGGGUAUCGACGGCGUGUACACUUCAGGCCAGAAAGCGUUAAGCGGGCCUGCUGGCAUAUCACCUGUAGCUUUCAGCGCCCGAGCAGAAGCAAAGAUAAAUAACAGGAAGCACGAGCCACCGUUCUACUUCGACAUGAAGUUAUUGGCUCAGCAAUGGAACUGUUAUGACAAGAUCCGUGUCUACCAUCACACUUUAAGUCCACCACUAGUGUGGGCGCUCCGACGUUGCCUACAAGAAGUUAUCAGCGAAACUCUUCCCAAAUCCUGGGGCCGCCAUGCAGCAGUCACCGCGCUCUUCCACAAACGUCUGCAGGAAUACGGUUUCCAGUUCCUCAUCAAGAAACCCGAGGAUCGACUGGUCACGGUCACCACAAUUGCUUUGCCGAGGGGAUACGAUUUAAAGCAGUUCGUAGAUCACAUGAGAGCCAAGCACAAUAUCAUGAUAAUGGCAGGCCUGGGACCUACCGUCGGCAAAGCUUUGAGGAUCGGCAUCAUGGGAGUCAACUCUACUAUGGAAGUGGCGGACCGGGUCGCAGACGCGUUGGCAGAAACCAUGCGAGCUUUGACCAGAUCAGCACUUUGAAAUUCCAUUUGUUGUUUAUAUUGAUACGCAUAGCGGGAUUAGAACCCGUGCCAUUCUUUCACUUCGAGAUUAGACGCUCUAUAUACUACCUAAGUUACUCAAUUAUUUUAUUCUUGUUUAAUAUGCUAUAAGUAGGUUCUCACCGACACCUACCGCAAGAAGGCUUAAACUUUUUAAAUGACGUUAAGAGUCCCCGGCAAGCUCGGCCGAAUUGCAACUUCCCGAACAAACGUAGUUACGUUGUCAUUUUAAAACUACGUGUUGGAUUGUAAUGAAACUUUGCACAUGCAAUGACGUAAGGUAUAUCUAGGUUUGCAAUUAGUUUAUAUAGCUCCAGUUUACAAAACAAACGAAAUAGGGCAAAAACAAGUUUUGUAUGAAAAAUUUAAAGUCGCUGUAUUUUUUUAACUAUGGUAUCUGUAGCUACAUAAACUAAUUACAGACAUUACUUCAUUAUAUGUGCAAAGUUCCAGAGCAAUCUAGCUAGUCGUUUUAAAAUGAGAUCGGAACUAGGUUUGUAUGGAGAACAGUGCUUGCCGGGGACCCUUAACGUGUUGUUGUUCAUUUUCUCGUCAGUUCUUUAUUGACUAUGAAUUGUUAUAGAAUGAUCUCUGUUUAACUAGUAAUACCUCACGAUUUUCAUAUAUUAUAAAUAAUUCAUAUAACAUAUAUCGGCGAAUUACUAUAAUAUAUUUACGCAGAGGUUUAGAAAUAUUUACCAAUUUAUUAUUGAGUUUAUAUUAUCAAAGCACUGCAACAAUUUAUGUCGUAGUUUUUUUAAGGUAUUAGCAGAGUAGAUCGAAAACAUAAUUAAAACCAAGUUGACUGUUGUGUUCACAGGUAAUUUUAUUUCUUUAACCGUACUGUUUACAAACUACCUAUAUUGAUCGAGUUAAAUACCUCACGAUAUGCAAAUUUAGGAAGACAAUACAAUAAAACAUGUAAAGGUAUAACGAAAUGGUUGAUCAAAAUUUGGUUCAGUGUUUGAAGUCCUCUCCGUAUGGCAAACUCGCCAUCAGAUAUAUUGGAGCAACCAGUGGUCUCCAAUAAAGUGCCUAUUCCGCUAUAUAUUUUUGAGCACCUUGGCCAUUCCAAUACAUCGCGACUGUACAUACAAUGGCGACUGUACACGACACAUGAGUGAUGGUAUAGCUAUAAUAUUAUGUAUUCCGUCUUUCGCCAUCCAAUAGAUGACAAAGAUAAUUAUAAUAAUUGUUAAAUAAUAAAACAUUGCAGUACAAGCGAAUUCAUAGUAUCCUUUAUGGCCAUUAGUUUAUGUUAUUCGCAAGCCAUAGUGCUACUUUCCUAUUGUUAGAUUAAACAAAAAUUAAAUCAAGAGAACUC